GAUACAGAAAACUACAGCUCCCUACACAAAUAAAAGCGCCCUCUGAGAUUUGUUUUUAGCCUUAGCUGGGGCACACGAGUAAAAUUGUAACCGAGGAAAAAAGUUUCAACUUAUUUUGCUUUUCUUUAAAGACUCUCGCAAAGUCCUGUACCCCCCUAUAUCCUUGGAGUUGACCUGCUGCCAUGCCAGUGCACCGAGAUCGGGAGAAGAAGGAGAGCACCGCAGAGGAGAUGGAGGUGGAGGAACAGGAGCAAGAGGCAUCCAGCUCUGAAGAGGAGGACUCUGACACCUCCUCUGUCUCUGAGGAUGGAGACAGCUCUGAAAUGGAUGAGGAGGACUGCGAGCGGAGGAGGAUGGAGUGUCUCGAUGAAAUGUCCAACCUUGAGAAGCAGUUCACCGAUCUCAAAGACCAGCUGUAUCGUGAGCGUCUCAGUCAGGUGAACAGCAAGCUGGCAGAGGUUGAGGCCGGUCGGGCAGCAGAAUAUUUGGAGCCUCUGGCCGUACUGCUGGAGAACAUGCAGGUUCGCACCAAGGUGGCAGGUAUCUACAGAGAGCUGUGUCUGGAGUCUGUGAAGAACAAAUAUGAGUGUGAGAUUCAGGCAGCAUGCCAGCACUGGGAGAGUGAAAAGCUGCUGCUGUUUGACACGGUACAGAGUGAAUUGGAGGAGAAAAUUCGAAGACUGGAGGAAGACAGACACAGCAUAGAUAUUACAUCAGAGUUGUGGAACGACGAGUUAUCGGGGAGGAAAAAGAGGAGAGACGCUUUAAGUCCAGAUAAGAAGAGGAGACGACCUUCAGUAGUGUCUGGUCCAUAUAUUGUUUACAUGCUACCUGACUUGGACAUCCUGGAGGACUGGACAGCUAUCAGAAAGGCCGUGGCUACGCUGGGUCCCCACAGAGGGAAGGCUGACUCUGACAGCCCCGUGUUCCCAUUCAGACCAGACAGAAACAGACCCAUUCUCAACUGCUGAGGAACACGAACACACACACACACACACACACAGAGUUACACAUUCGAGAGCUCACUCAGACACACCAACACAUACACAACAGAUACAGAUGUAAACAUGAUAAGCAUAAACAUUUUCCCACAAUCCACUACACUCCUCAGCUAACAGCGACACCAGUCGGUAAGCUGCCUCUCGUGCCAAAAGGCGCACACAAUCAGGACUCACGGGUUUAAAGGGAAAAAAGGAAUAGAAGCAUUAUUUCCACUGACGUGUUAGUUCUGAAAGUUUCCCUAUUUGACAAACAGUUAUAAGGAAAAAUGUGAGACCCAGAGUCCAGUCUAUACUGGUUUUUAAAUACUGGUAUCUGCUGAAAUCACUGAAACUCAUUCCAGUCUUCAUUACAAUUCAUUUCACUGUGUUAAUUUUUUUGGGGGGAUUUACUGUGUGCCCCAUAUUUUUUGCUGUUAUCAAGGUGUUAGAACCACUGAUGCAUCACCGGAUGCUAAAACGUAAGAAAUCUGGGUUUUAUUGACUGAUGCUUCAGAAUGUUCAGCAGAAAUGAUGAAAGGGCCACAACACAGAGCAUGUGGGUGACACAAGCUGACAUCUGUAUUUCUCACUUUUAUCAGAACACCUUUUAAAUUGAAGUCGAGCACUCAAAUUGAAACAAAAUGAGUCCCGGUAUGAAGAUGAAACACUGUUGAAACAAAUAAAGUUUACGUUCAGAUAGUGUAUUUUAAAGUUUGAGCUUUGAGAAUAAGAUAACAACAGUUUUUCUUCAACUUAUCACAUUUUGGAUUUUUAAAAGGACCAGUGUGUAAGAUAUAGGGGGAUUGAGUGGCGUUGUAAGAUUGUAGAUUGCAACCAGCUGAAACUUUUAGCAAGAUUUCUGUCAGUGUUUACUGUUCAUGAGGUUUUUACUGGGA